CGGAAGUUUCCUCUAAAUACUACUGUACCUUUCUCUUUACCUGAUUCAGCUAAAACCCACGAAAGAAUUCCCUCUCCACUUUACUCCUCUGCUGAUCGAUUUCCCCUUUCCUCAAAAAAUAAGGUGGAAAAUAAAAAUAAGAACCUACAUAACGACUAUAGCCCUCGUGAUUUUCGGUUUGGAAAAGAAAAAGAGAUUGAAAUUUUGAAAAUGGACUCAGAAACUGAAAAGAGAAUCGAAGAAACCGUAUUAGAAAUCCUGAGGAACUCCAACAUGGACGAAGCCACCGAAUACAUGAUCCGACAAGCCGCAUCCGAAAAGCUCGGGUUAGACCUCUCCUACCCGCCCCGUAAGAAAUUCGUCCGCCAGGUCGUCAAUUCUUACCUCACCGAACAGAACGCUAAAGCAGCAGCAGAACACCAACAGCAGCAAAACGACGCCGAAGAAGAAGAAGAGGACGACGACGACGACGAAGAAGAUGAAGAUAAUGAUAAAAAGAAGCGAAAAGCCGGUGACAAAGAGUAUGAUGACGAAGGCGAUCUCAUUAUUUGCAGAUUAUCCAAGAGUAGAAGGGUGACGUUGACGGAGUUUAGAGGAAGGACAUUGGUGUCUAUAAGAGAGUACUACAGCAAAGGAGGCAAAGAUCUACCUACGUCCAAAGGAAUAAGCUUGACUGCUGAGCAGUGGGCAUCCUUCUCAAAAAAUGUACCUGCAAUAGAGAAAGCUAUCAAGAAAAUGAAGUCAAGGUUGGAUUGAGUGAAAAUGUACCGGCUGCUGGUUGUGGAGGGUUGGUUUGCACUUUGUACUGCUCUUUGAAUGUCAAGUUAUUUUCUGGAUGUGGAAGCCCUUUGAAGUUGUAGUUGUUCUGUUUUAAGUUGCUAGGGCGCCCUUGCAAUGUCCUCUUUUUUUGUUCGAUGGACAUUAGAACAUACACGUUUAUGUAGACAAAUUGUUAUUGGUAAUGUUAAGUAGCUAAACCCUUUCUCAUA